UUAGAUCCAAGUUACUUAACACAGUGUAAUAUUAUUUUCAGGUGCACAAUUUAGUGAUUCAACACUUAUCUACAACAUCUGGUGCUCAUUACAAUAAAUGCCCUUCUUAGUCCCCAUCACAUAUUUAAUCAAUCCCCCCCUCCAAUCUCCCCUCUGGUAACCAUCAUUUUGUUCUCUAUAGCCAAGAGUCUGUUUCUUGGUUUGUCUCUCUCUCUUUUUCCUCUUGAUCAUUUCUUUUGUUUCUUAAAUUCCACAUAUGAGUGAAAUCAUAUGGUAUUUGUCUUUCUCUGCUGACUUAUUUCACUUAGCAUAAUAGUCUCUAGCUCCAUCCACAUCGUUACAAAUGGCAAGAUUUCAUUCUUUUUUAUGGAUGAGUAAUAUUCUAUUAUAUAUUCUAUUCUUUCUAUAUACUCCAUUAUAUUCAUAUGUACAUAAAAGAGCAGUGUGAAGAAGUGGGGGCAAGAAUGACCCCCAGACUGGCCAAAGCCCACACACCACUUCAUCCAUGUGCCCAGUGCCUAUAUCCCACCAUUGUCACCACUAUGCCCAAGAGAAAGGCUGAAGGGGAUGCUAAAGGAGAUAAAGCCAAGGUGAAGGAUAAGCCACAGAGAAGAUCUGCAAAGUUAUCUGCUAAACCUAUUCCUCCAAAUCCAGAGCCCAAACCUAAAAAGGCCCCUGUAAAGAAGGGAGAAAAGAUUCCCGGAGGAAAAAGAGGAAAAGCUGAUAUUGGCAAAUAUGGGAGUAACCCUGCAGAAAAUGGAGAUGCCAAAACAGACAUCUGAAAGCUGAAGGUGCUGGAGAUGCCAAGUGAAGUGUGUGCAUUUUUGAUAACUGUGUACUUCUGGUAAUUGUACAGCUUGAUAUCUAU